GGUCAAUCUCGCUUCCGGCGGCGGGAGCGGUGCUUUCGGGAUGGACCUCCGGGCCAGGGGAGGGGGGAGUCUGACAGUUGGUUCCGCCCGGAGGGGCGGGCGGGCGGCGCGAGUGGGCGCGGGCCCGGAGGGCCAGAGAGUCAGCGCUGGAGAUGGGCUUUUAAUGGUGGAGAGAGGAAACUGAGUCCAGCAGGGAAUUCUGCAGCUGUAGGAGAAUACCAGUACUUAAAGGCUUCUGGCUCCAGGGAGCUGCGUGAGGGCCAGGGCGACAAUGGUCUCAGUGACAAUGGCCACUUCUGAGUGGAUCCAGUUCUUUAAGGAAGCCGGCAUUCCUCCGGGACCUGCUGUCAAUUACGCUGUGAUGUUUGUGGAUAAUAGGAUCCAGAAGAGCAUGCUGCUGGAUCUUAACAAGGAAAUCAUGAAUGAGCUGGGCGUUACUGUGGUGGGCGACAUCAUUGCCAUCCUCAAGCAUGCCAAGGUGGUACACCGCCAGGACAUGUGCAAAGCUGCCACUGAGUCGGUGCCCUGCAGCCCUAGCCCCCUCCCGGGCGAGAUUCGCCGAGGCACCCCUAGUGCCGCCUCCCGAAUGAUAGCCAACAGCUUGAACCGAGACUCCCCACCUGGAACUCCCCCCAGGCGGCCAGAUACCAGCGCCUCUAAGAUCUCCGUCACCGUGUCCAAUAAGAUGGCAGCAAAGAGUGCCAAGGCCGCUGCUGCCCUGGCCCGCCGGGAGGAGGAGAGCCUGGCUGUUCCCACCAAGCGACGCAGGGUCACCGCUGAGAUGGAGGGGAAAUACAUCAUCAACAUGCCCAAAGGCACCACCCCCCGGACCCGCAAGAUCCUUGAGCAGCAGCAGGCGGCGAAAGGUCUCCACAGGACGUCUGUGUUUGACCGCCUCGGUGCCGAGACCAAGGCAGACACGACGACAGGCAAUAAACCCACGGGAGUCUUCAGCCGACUGGGGGCUACCCCAGAGAUGGACGAGGAUCUGGCUUGGGACAGCGACAAUGACAGCAGCAGCUCUGUUCUACAAUAUGCCGGGGUCCUGAAGAAGCUAGGCCCGGGCCCAACCAAGGCCAGUCCCCAGCCAGUGCCGACUGUCAAAGCCAAGGCCACAAGCUCAGCGAUGACGGCCAACACCCCUACAUUGCGGCGCCUGGCCCUUCCCUCCCGCCCAGGGUCCCUGUCCAAAGUCAGCAUCAUCCAGAGACUGGGCAAGGCUGCCCCUGUGCCUGAGGCCCAGGACAGCCAGGUCACGAGCACCAAGAGUAAGUCAUCAGCCGAGGUCAAGGUCACCAUUAAGAGGACUCUGGGGCCCCGGGGGAGCGGCUCCAGCGAGGGCCUGGGUGCCCAGAUGGACCAUGCAGGCACUGUGAGCGUGUUCAAAAGACUGGGCCGCAGGACCUUCUAGCCCACAGGUGGGGCACAGGCCCCUCUCCAGGCUCUUGACUCCAUCAGCCUUCAGCCAGGCCCACCCUGGGAUGGCACUGCGGCCUCCUUCAGGCAUUCAGGCCGGCCCGAGCUUUGUGGGGCUGCAUCCCGUUUACUGAGUCCGAGAUGGUCGUUGUGGCCUGGCCUUGCCACUCUGGGACUUUCCCUUCUCUCACGUCCUCUGUUCUGUCCUCUCUGACUGUGGCUUGCAGGGCCCUCUUUUCUACCCCUCCCGAGUGCCAAGUGCCCUUUAUCUCUCCUAUAUCCCCCUCCCUC